AUGGUCAAAAUCCCCGAUAGCUUUACCCAGGCUAUUCUGAAAGAGCAAGACAAGUACGAAGGCAGGUAUCUCGACGAUAAUAUCGUUUCCGCAUUACCAAAAGGCGCAAGCAUAGACCUAGUCCGCACCAUAGGCGCAACACACUGGUCGAUACUAACCAAGAUCGACACUACCAUCUCCAGCAGACCACAGUCCUUCUUCCUGAAAGAAUACCGCGACACAAACGCGAAACACAUGGUCAAAGCCGAGUACGAGUCAACAGCUGCUUUGUACGCCGCGGUACCGAACCACGUGCCUCGACCAUAUGCAUAUGGUUGUUUCGCAUCGGACUCGCAGCGCUUCUUCUAUCUCCAGUCUUUCUGCGAUAUGGAAGAUGCGCCUGUGUAUGCGGACAAGGCCACAGCCGCAUCUAUGAAGCCGUUUGUCGAGGAGUUUGUUGGCGUACUGGCUGAAGUGCAUAGUAAUGAGUCGCCAACAGGGAAGUUUGGGUUUCAUAUCGACACCUUCCAGGGAAACGUCGUUAAUUACAACCGAUGGUGCGAUACUUGGGAAGAGUACUUCAGCCGCAACUUACGCUGUCUUAUAGACCUGGAGCGUUCGAUACAUGGUGAAGAUCCGGAAAUGGAUGCUCUAUCCGCGGAGAUUAUGACGAAGCCGCAAGAGGACUACGACGACAGGAACGAACUCUACGCAGUUCUCAUGUUGCUGGAAACAGAACAAGACUACUCGACAGUUGGCGAUUGA